AUGUUGCAAUCAGAACACAGUGGGAGUCAUGCAUACAGCGAGUACCAGGUAGCCACAAUUCCGCCAUCAGAUGCCGCCGACUUGCCUGCAAGUCGGUCACCCUUCAAGUCGGAUGUUCUUCAUUCUCCAUCGUCAGCCUCUUCAUUCGCCAGUUUCUGCGACAUUGAACACAACCGCAAUCACUUGGAGCUCGCUUUCCCCAAUCUCGGUGCGCCAUAUGCAUCCGCUUUUGCCUCAAUGUCGACUCCAGCUUCCGCGUCAUUGUCUGCUCCGGCCUCGUCCGCAAUCUCUCAGGUUGGCGUCUUCUUCCAGCAGGUCGUCUCCGAGACUCAACUCGACUGGCCGCUAACGGUUCGUGAAGAGAUGAACCCCAGAAUUGAAAGCGAUCUGGCCGACAGUUCCUCUUUCUCGCCAAACAUCAACACGAUGCAAGUCCCAUCAACUGUCGGAUCUCUGGAGCAUGGCAAGCAUGCCGGCGUCGUAUGUGGCGGUGAAGCAAAUGCAGACUCAGACCGCUUGAUCGAAAAGCAUUUUAUCAAAGGCUGGACUGAGCCCAGCCUCCGAGAUAUGCAUAGUUUCGGCAACAACCGUCCUGCCAAUGAUGUUGGAAAUGAAAGUCUGGUUGAAGGAAUUCAUGAUGGCCCCCAGUUGUCAGGCCUAUUUCACUCGAAAUCAGCCAUAUUGGCGGGGAAAACGCCAAGAGAUGUGGUGAUACCGACAGAAGACAACAGGAGUACAGUUUACAGAAAAAGUGGAACUGGACAAGCAUUCUACAGGGACAGGAGGAUACGAGAAGAGACGAACCAACGACUUGUGGAAGUGGCCAAGCAGCAAAAUACAGUUGGGAGUCUUGAAACUAAUGCCGAUGCAGGCCUCAUGUCAAAAUGUCAACUAGAUUUCGAGGUAAGUAAAAUACAAAUAAAUUUGUUGCAGUUGAACAACACUAUAUUAUGCUGUACCAUAUAA